CGCGUGCGCUAGUCCCCGCACAGUUCCCCGCGCUCCGGGGCCCGACUUGGAGUAGCGAGUUUGUCGGGGGGAUCGGCGCCCGGGGGGACGAGGUACUGCGCAUGCGGAGCUCCAAAUUCAAACAGCUGUUUCCAGAGGCUGGAGGGCGGGUGGACGGGGAGCCUCUGAGGCUAAGGGAGGCUUUCUCCAGGCGGCGGCCGCUCGGGAGCCAUGGUGGACCGGGGCCCUCUGCUCACCUCGGCCAUCAUCUUCUACCUGGCCAUCGGGGCGGCGAUCUUCGAGGUGCUCGAAGAGCCGCACUGGAAAGAAGCCAAAAAUAACUACUAUACGCAAAGGACGCAUCUUCUCAAAGAGUUUCCGUGCUUGGGCCAGGAGGGCCUUGACAAGAUUCUGGAGGUAGUUUCUGAUGCUGCAGGACAGGGCGUGGCCAUCACAGGGAAUCAGACCUUCAACAACUGGAACUGGCCCAAUGCAAUGAUUUUUGCAGCCACAGUCAUCACCACCAUUGGUUAUGGCAACGUGGCCCCUAAGACCCCAGCUGGGCGCCUCUUCUGCAUCUUCUACGGUCUCUUUGGGGUGCCUCUCUGUCUAACGUGGAUCAGCGCCCUGGGAAAGUUCUUCGGGGGACGAGCCAAGAGGCUAGGCCAGUUCCUCACCGGGAGAGGCGUGAGCCUGCGGAAGGCACAGAUCACAUGCACAGCCAUCUUCAUCCUGUGGGGCGUCCUGGUCCACCUGGUGAUCCCACCCUUCGUGUUCAUGGUGACCGAGGAGUGGAACUACAUCGAGGGCCUCUACUACUCCUUCAUCACCAUCUCCACCAUUGGCUUUGGUGACUUUGUGGCUGGUGUGAACCCCGGCGCCAACUACCAUGCCUUGUACCGCUACUUUGUGGAGCUCUGGAUCUACCUGGGGCUGGCCUGGCUGUCCCUCUUUGUCAACUGGAAGGUGAGCAUGUUUGUGGAGGUCCACAAGGCCAUCAAGAAGCGGCGGCGGCGGCGCAAGGAGUCCUUCGAGAGUUCUCCCCACUCCAGGAAGGCCCUGCAGAUGGGGACCCCAACAUCCAAGGACAUCAACAUCCUCAGCUUUCUGUCCAAAAAAGAGGAGACCUACAAUGACCUCAUCAAGCAGAUUGGGAAGAAGGCAAUGAAGACAAGCGUGGGUGGGGAGAGUGUCCCAGGACUGGGAUUGGGACCUCAAGGGGGCGGGCUGCCAGGCAUCCCCCCAUCCCUGGCCCCACUGGUGGAAUACUCCAAUAGCCGGGUGCCCAGCUUGGAAGAGGUGUCUCAGACACUAAGGAACAAGGGUCAUGUGUCACGGCCCCUCAGUGAGGAGGCCAGCACAAAGCCCCCUGAGGAUGGAUCCGCCAGUCCCGAGGAGGGCACUAACCAGCUGGACCGCAUCAGCGAGGAGGGCGAGCCAUGGGACGCCCAGGACUACCACCCGCUCAUCUCCCAGGACACCAGCAUCACCUUUGUGAGCGAGGAGACCGGCCUCUUGGACGAGGACACCUCCAAGUCCUCGCUGGAGGACAACCUGGCCGGGGAGGAGAGGCCUCAGGAGGAGACCGAGACCGAGGCUCCCCUGAACCUGGGGGAGAUCCCCUCAUCCGACGAGUCCACCUUCACCAGCACUGAGUCUGAGCUCUCUGUGCCUUACGAGCAGCUUAUGAACGAGUACAAUAAGACAAACAGCCCCAAAGGCACAUGAGUGGGGGCCGGCUCCCCGCCCCACCUCUGAUGGCUGCUGUUCCCCUCAUCCUGGAGUGCCCUACUAUGGCCCUGGGGAAGAGGAGUGGCCCUAGACCUGGGAGUGGGGGGCCAGGAGCCUGCCUCACCUUCCAUCCCUUCCAACUAGAUGCUACCGGUCAAACACUGCACACCCAGGACAGGGCCUCUGUUCUCCAUUGGGACGGACAUCCCGGCAGUGGAGGCAUCUGUCCUGAGUACGGUUGGUAUAGCUGACGGUUCAGAGAUAUGGGCUGGCAGACUAAUCCUCCAGGAGCCCUGUACCUGUGUGGGUCUUCGGCCCAUCAUCUGGUUGAGAAUGUCACACGGUUGCCUAGGCCAGAGCUUUGGCCCUUUGAGGUCACCAGUAUUAAGGAGUUCUGGCAGUGAGCUAGGUGUUUUGGGGAGAGGAAGGAGUGUGUGAGACGUGGUCCUGCCUUUGCAGGAGACACAGUUGUGGUGUGGGGGGGCCUGGCACUUGGCACCCAGCAGUAGCAGCCCCAUCCCAUCCCCCUCCCUGCCUAUCCAGCCCCUACUGUGGAUCUCAGUAAGGGUGAGAUCCCCUGGGGGAAGGGAAUACAGAGAUAACGGGCCAGUGGGCGCUGAAACACUCCUGGUACAUAGGAUCAGAACCUGUCCAAGUGUGGCCUGGGCUCCUAGUUCUUGAUUUUCUGGGACCCAGCCCAGCCUGGAGAAGCAGCUCAGUUUCCCACCACAGACACCCCUCGGCCCUUCAGUGGUAGAUGCAGGAAGUAGGAGAAAGAGGAUCGCAGAUCAUGGCUACUGGGACUGGGGCUCCCAGAGCUGUGGGUAGCCAAGAAGCUGCAGGUGUGGGCUGGGCUCUGGAUGCUUCUGCCCUUGCCCUCCCUGUGCUGCCAGCCACCUCCUUCCCUACUGCUCCCAGGACCAAGACCUCAGUGUUCCGCCCCUCCCAGUCUCUCCCGGCGGUGCCUUGGCUCCCAAGUGGAGAAUGGCCAAAUAUGUGAAUGUGUAAAUCAGAUACUGUUUGGAGAGAGAAAGAGUGUGUGUGUGAGAGAGAGAGAGAGAGAGAGAGAAAGAGCGGGAGAGCAUGCACGUGGCACAUACACAGACUGGGAGGGCAAAAAGGAGGGAGAGAGGAAGGAUUUGUGAUGGGGUGGAACAAAAACAUAAUGUGAAACUGUACAGAAUUUUAUGGUGAGGGGCUGCAUACCCUAGGGCUGGCCCACUCUGCCCUGUGUGUUUUGUUUUGUUAUUUUAAAAAUAAACUGCUGUUUUAUAUACCUAGCAUUUGUUGUCUUCAGAGCCAGAGGGAAAGAAGGUGAAAGAACAGAGUCCAUUGAUUGGGCUCUCUGUGGAUCA